AGUAGUGAGAGCAAAACGGAGAGAGUAAAGAAACUCAAAAACGCAACUAUGUUCGAUGGAGUCGACCCAGCUGAGCAGUUGCACCAAUUCAUAGCAGCCUCAAGAACUUCACUCCCUCUCCCUCUUCCCAAUAUCCCCCUCUCUUCCUUCCCUAAUCUCCAACCCUUCGAUCAUCCCCACCACCAUCAUCAUCAUAACUACAACAUCAUCAACCCUCCUCCUCCUCCACCACCGCCUCAAGAACUUGUGCAGCUUCAGCCACCUCCUCACAAUCAGCUUCUGCAUCCGUCUGUAGUACUUCACCGACGCGGAAAUGAUCAAGAGAAGCAAGAAAGCAGCACUACCUUGGUCUUGCCCUCAUCGAAUAUGGAGAUCGAACGACAGCAAGCCGCACCGGAAUUGCCUAGCGAUCCCUGGAGUAACGAUGAGCUGCUUGCACUGCUCCGGAUCAGAUCUACCAUGGAGAAUUGGUUCCCUGAGUUCACUUGGGAACAUGUAUCAAGGAAGCUAGCAGAGGCAGGCUUUAAAAGGAGCGCGGAGAAGUGCAAGGAGAAGUUUGAAGAGGAAAGCAGGUACUUCAACAACAUCAACUUCAAUAAGAACUUCAGGUUUCUCAGUGAGCUUGAGCAGCUCUAUCAACCACCACCAGUCGAGCCACCUCAGAACCCAGCUGAGGAUCAACCAGAAAAGAAUGUUACCCAAAAGGAAUUAGCAGUAGAAGUUGAAAAGCCAAGUGAAGAACUAGGAGAUCACCAAGAUAAAAGUCAUCAACCAGCUUCUGAUGCUCAAGAGACGUCACCAAGCAAUGAUCAAACGGUGAGUGAGAAAGGGAUGGAAGUUGUUAGAGCAAAGAGCAACAACAAGAAGAGGAAGAGGCAAAGGAGAUUUGAAAUGCUGAAAGGUUUCUGUGAGGACAUUGUGAACAAGUUGAUGGCUCAACAAGAAGAGAUUCACAGUAAGCUACUUGAAGACAUGGUGAGGAGAGAUGAAGAGAAGCUUGCAAAGGAAGAAGCUUGGAAGAAGCAAGAGAUGGAUAGGAUGAACAAGGAGCUCGAAACCAUGGCACAAGAACAAGCUGUUGCAGGUGAUAGACAAGCUACAAUCAUUCAGUUCUUGAAGAAAUACACAUCAUCAGUUAGUACUAGUAGUAGUACUAACCCUAGUAAUGGCCAAACGGAAACUGAUCAAGAACCAAUAACACCAUCCACAAUGGUCCCAACUGCAAGCAAAGCUCACAAGCCUACUACAACUACUUCUUUCCACACCCAAAAUAUUCCAAGCACACCCACUUCACUGACUGAAGCCAUUGCGCCACAAAGCCCUAGUUCCAGCAAUCUGAGCAAUAUCAACCCAAAACUGCCUGCUGUUUCAUCUCCGCCUCCGGAAAACCCUAGCUCCGAUCAUCUCAAAACUCAAAACCCUAGCUCGAACGACAAGCCGCAAGACCUCGGAAAGAGGUGGCCGAGGGACGAAGUCUUGGCUCUGAUCAACCUCCGGUGCAGUCUCUUCAACAAUGUCGAUCAACAAGACAAGGAUAAAGACGUGAUCAAGGCUCCACUGUGGGAGAGAAUCUCACAAGGGAUGUCGGAGAUGGGUUACAAGAGAAACGCCAAGAGGUGCAAAGAGAAAUGGGAGAACAUCAAUAAGUACUUUAGGAAAACAAAGGAUGUGAACAAGAAGAGGUCGCUUGACUCGAGGACUUGCCCUUAUUUUCAUCAACUAAGCACCUUGUACAACCAAGGCAUACUCGUACCGCCUUCCGACCACCAAGCGCCGCCGCCGGGGAAACGCUCACCGGAGAAACAGUCAUCAUCUCUAGCUGAAGGUGAGAAAAACAAUGUGGUACCGGCAGCUUUUGAUUUUGAAUUCUGAUGUUUUGCAUAUUUGUGUGUGCAAUAUUUUCAGUAAUAAUAUGAUACUUUUUUUUUCUCUAUCUUAGCUUGGUGAACAUGUGGUAGCUAGUAUUCGAUCUGCAGUUGACAUGAAAUUUUAUUUUCUUGUGGGAAUAUGUAAUAUUUCA